ACCUGGCAAUUGUGGGGUUGCGUUCUCAGCACAGAUGCGGACAGGAGCCUGCAGGGGCCUGUUCAGCUGUGACGAGUCUGUGGAAGGAACAGGCUGCCCUCACAGGAAGUGUGAGUUCCCAGAAUAUAAUCAAAGAGGAAGUUAUGCUGAUGGUGCUUGUUUUUUUAAUUCUGCAAAAAUGUUCAAGUGAAAGUGGCAUGCACUACAGAUACUCUCCUCCAGAGCUGUGUUUUUAUUCCUGAUUGAUUGUAUCCUGAAGAAGUCAAAGCUGCGUAAUAUUCCACUGGGCAGAUACACUGUCAUUUAUUCAACCACUCUCCUACGUAUGGACAUUGAUGUUGUUCCCAAUAUUUCAUAAUACCAUCAAAGCUGCAGGGAGUAAUCUCGCACCCAUGUAUUUUCUUACCGUCAGAAGUGUAUCUGCAGAGUAAAUUCCUAGAAGUGGGAUUGCCGAGUCAAAAAGCUUAACAGAGAAGGCUUCUUUCUGCUUCUGCUGGUGCCCAACCCAGGAGCUCUUUCAGCUCCACUGAGGAUUUCAGCUCAACACAGUUUUAAGCAUCGUUUCCCACCUCGCUGCUGUUCCAAGAUGUCAGGAGAAAGCAACUGCAAGGUAAAACACAGAUCCCACCACCCUUCCAAGAACUUGAACCAGCACGAGGCACAAGAACACUCCAAUUCCUGGUCUCUGGAGAUGCUGUUACGCAGACUGAGGGCCACAGAAGCCAACCAGGAUGACAAGUUUGCCCACGUCCUUGAUGCGGUGGGGGAGUUCGGCACAUUCCAGCGGAGACUGGUGGUCCUUACCUUCAUCCCCAACAUCCUGUUGGCCUUCUUUAUCUCUGCCGAUGUCUUCGUGUUCACAGCCCAGAAGCCCUAUUGUAAUACCAGCUGGAUCCUAGCAGUGGGCCCCAACCUCACAGAGGCUGAGCAGAUGAACCUGACCCUGCCCCGAGAACCCAAUGGAAGUUUCCAGACCUGCCUCAUGUACUUGCCCGUAGCCUGGGACCUGGAUUCUAUCAUCCAGUUUGGCCUCAACCACACAGAGUCAUGCCAAGAUGGGUGGAUCUACCCUGACACCAAGAAGCGAUCGCUGGUCAAUGAGUUUGACUUGGUGUGUGGCAAGGAGCAGAACUCGGAGAGCAUGCAGACCAUGUUCACCGCGGGCGUCCUGACCGGGUCCCUCAUCUUCGGACUCAUGAGUGACAAGCUGGGCCGCUACCCCACCAUCCUGAUGUCGCUGCUGGGGCUGAUCAUCUUCGGCUUCGGGACAGCCUUCGUCAACACCUUUCACCAGUACCUGUUCUUCCGCUUCGGCGUGUCCCAGGCCUUGGUGGGCUACACCAUCAGCAGCGUGUCUUUAGCCACUGAGUGGCUAGUGGCUGAGCACCGGUCCCAUGCCAUCAUCCUGGAACACUGCUUUUUCUCUGUGGGAGUCAUGUUCCUGACAGGGCUUGCCAACAGCCUUCCCCACUGGCGGCUGCUGUUUCUGGUGGGUGGCGCACCUGUGUUCCCCCUCAUCUUCUAUAUCUGGAUCCUGCCGGAGUCCCCACGGUGGCUGUUGAUGAACGGGAAGUUGGAGGAAGCGAAGCAGAUGCUGUGCUACGCGGCUGGCGUGAACAAGAAGACCAUUCCCCUAAGUCUGCUGGACAAGCUCCAGCUGCCCAGAAAGAAGGUGACUAAGGCGUCUGUCCUGGACUUCUAUAACAAUAGGCACCUCCGAAAGGUGACCCUGGUGAUGGGCUGUGUGUGGUUUACUGUCAGUUACAGCUAUUUUACGCUGUGCUUCAAGUUGAAGGAUUUUGCCAUGAACAUCCACUUCAGACAAGUGAUUCCUGGCAUCAUGGAGGUGCCCGCCCGGCUGUGCUGCAUCUUUCUCCUCGAGCAGAUCGGGAGGAAGUGGAGCCUGGUUGUGAGCCUCUUCCAAGGCACCCUGAUGUGCCUGCUUAUCCUUAUCCUCCCCCCAGAGCUGAAAUCCAUAAUGGUCUUGAUGGUCGCGCUUGGAGAGUUCAGCCUGGCGGCCUCGGUCACCGUGUUCUUCGUCUACACCGCUGAGCUCCUGCCCACGGUCCUCAGGGCGACAGGUCUGGGGCUGGUGUCCCUGGCCUGGGCAGCUGGAGCCAUCUCGUCCCUGAUGAUCAUCAGCCAGAGACUCACCCUCCUCCCCAUCCUCCUCUGCUGCGUCUCAGCCAUCCUGGCCUUGUUCUUCUGCUCCAUGUUGCCAGAAACGCAAGACCAGCCUCUCCCUGAUGUCCUGGAGCACUACCCCCUACAGACAAGGAACAUGGCUGAGGAACUGCUCGCCAAGGAAGUGGCACCCGAAGGUGGGACUGGAGACGUGGUGAGGAACACGGUUCUCGAUUCCACGAUGCUGAAACUGGACUCCAACGUUCUCUCCCACACACCUGUGCCGGGCAGAGCACGGGACACAGACCCACGGAAUGACUGAGGUCCAGGCCCCCGGACGAUCUCGACCGGAGCCGAGUGGCUGGGUAUGGGGCCGUGGACUCCCGGCCACGAACUCCAGGGGCCCAGUCCAGCUCGGGGGGCAGGGCAGUCCUGCUCCAAGGCCAGCCCUCGAGCCCCGAAAAUGGUCCCUCCUGGGUGAGCUAGGGUGUGAUUCAUGGCAAUAAAUGUGCCGUGGUUGGACUUGA